GUUGCUGAAUCCUACAGAGCUGUGUUCUGCUGCUGCUGCUGCUGCCUAUCUGUCUUUUAUUCAGCUUUAUAGGAUCAGCAUGGAAACCCCACUAUUUAUCCUCCUCUGCUGCAUGAUGUGGGUGAGUUCGGCAAAGGAAGACUGCCCGUCAGGAGCGUACACUGUUAGCGGGGAGUGCUGCCGAUCCUGUCCAUCUGGGGAGGGUGUCACUCACCCAUGUGGUGUAAACCAGACCGUCUGUGAAUCCUGUCUAGAUAGUGUGACCUUCUCAGACAGAACUAGUCACACGGAUGCCUGUCAGGCCUGCACAGAGUGCCUUGGACACAAACGCAUGAUUGCUCCAUGUGUGGAAACUGAUGACGCCAUAUGCGCAUGUGCCUAUGGGUUCUUCAUGAACGAUGAAACCCAAGAGUGUGAAAAAUGCCGUUCUUGCCCCCUGGGCAGUGGUAUGAUGCUUUCCUGCUCAAUGACCCAGGACACUGCAUGUGAGAUAUGCCCUGAGGGAACUUACUCUGAUGAGGACAGCAACAUGGAUCCCUGCCUUCCUUGUACAAUCUGCGAGGAAGGGGAGAUAGAACGUAAGGCGUGUACAUCUGUGUCUGACACUGAGUGUUAUGAUCCAAAUCCUCGUUUUGCAUCUGUUACUCCCUUCGUGUCGACCUCAGAAAUACCAACAGUUAGCAGCUUUGGACCAGAAAUAGAGUCCAGCAGUUCUGUCCCUGGAACCUCUGAGCCAGUCCAUCCUCGUGGGGCAGCUGAGAACCUCAUCCCUGUUUACUGUUCUAUCCUGGCUGUUGUCAUUGCUGGGCUUGUAGCAUUUAUAGUAUUCAAAAGGUGGAAUAGCUGUAAAAAGAACAAGCAGGGUGGUAACAGUCAUCCUGUGAAUCAGACCCCAUCACCUGAGGGCGAGAAGCUUCACAGUGACAGCGGAAUAUCUGUGAAUAGUGAUAGCACCACCGAGCAACCUCCUGGACACACACUGGGUAAAAACGAGCUUCACCUAUACAACAACCUUUCACCACACAAACAAGAGGAGGUGGAGAAGCUGCUGAGUAGCUCAGUGGAGCAGACAUGGAGGUGCUUGGCAGGAGAGCUCGGCUACCAAGAUGAACUCAUAGACUCUUUCACCAGAGAGGAGUUCCCAGUACGAGCUUUGUUAUCUGACUGGUCCAACAAAGACAGUGCCACAACUGAUGCUCUGUAUACUGCACUUCGCAAGAUCCAAAGGGAGGACAUCGCUCAGAGCUUGUACAGUGACUCCACUGCCACAUCUCCAGUGUGAUAGAAAAGUGGCUGAACAGAAGAAAGAUGUUCUUGUGGAACUCACACAAUAGAGCAUCCCACAUAGAGAUGUGAAGGAAAGAUUGCCCUCAUCCCAGAGACCUCCCCAAUUACCCAGUAUUAACGGACAAUCCGUCUGCACUGAUGCAUUACUUUCAGUAUUGUGGUGUGUAAUCUAUAGACUUCUUGUGUCCAGCAUCUUCAGGUCUUCUGACCAUGAUAGACCAUAAGACGUUGAUAUAAGAAAUCAUGGACUGCAGAUGUUCAGACACCCUGUUAAGACUCUAAGGGUACAUCCCACUGCUCCCUUCCUCAAACCUUUUUAUCUUCUGCAUUUCCUCUUAUUUUUUUAGGCCUCUGCUUUGACCAUAGAACUCAAAGUAUCUACCACCUUAAAGGGACAUUUUAAGGGAAUUUGUGGGCUGUAUGGCAUAACAGGGUAAUGAUCAUGCAGUUGUUGUGCCCUGAAGGUUAUGUCACUUAUGCACUUAGACUGUAUCACACACUCCAAAGAUUGUCACAGUUUUAGAUUGUGUUGUGGACACUAUGAAUGUGUCCCUUGCUAAUCCUUAACACUUUUACAAUGUACUCUGCACUGAAAGGUGUCCUAUGUGUAUAUUCCAAACUGGCAGCAAAAUGGUGAUGUCACCCAAGUAUAUGAUGUCGCCUACACAUUCAACGAAUGUAUUUUUCACUGGCCCACAUAAGUUGAUAAAAUGGUCCUCUAUGAUUUUUUCAUAUUUACUGAAACGUUUGGGUAAAAUAUUCACUUUAUUACCAAUGUUUCUGAAAUGGCAGAAACUAAAUGUUAAGUACGGGGUCAUGUUUGAAAUCCUGUGGUGCUAAUUAAAUACAUUGCACAGUCAUAACACAAAGCACUGAUUAUGUCACAUAAUAUUGAUAUGAAUUUCAUGUACAUUUAAGGUAACUUUAGUUAUGAAAAUGAACAUUUGGUACGUAAAAACAGGAAGUGCACUGUAUUUCAAAUGUGUUCAUAGAAUAUGAGUAACUCGAUACACACAGUCACUGAAUGUUGUGUCACAUGCACACCUUAACCCAAAUGUGUGUAACAUACAUAUGACAAGUUUCACAUAGGUUAGCACACAACCAACAGUUAUCAUGUGACAUUUUGUGCCACAAAUAGUAUAAAAAAGUAUAGUCUUUAAAACAUCAUCAUGCUUUACACAAAAUACUUCAAGUCUUACUAUACAAUUCUUAAUACUUCCACUGCCAUAUCUUUCUAUGCCUUCUACCAACAAAAAGGUUGAUGAGAGUGACUCAACUGAUGGCCAUCUUUAAUACCUCCAGCCUUUGAGACACUCAGGGAUUUAAAGACCCGGAAAACCCGGGAUGAUGAGCAAAAGUAGUGACCAGAUACUAGUGAGUAAUGAUGUAACAGGGUAAUACUCCUAUCACUGUGCCCCCUGUUUUUAGGAAAGACACUCUGCAACAUUUACAGAUCCCUAGGGCUGAUAUAGCUGAACUUUGUGCAUAUUUGUGUCUGCUUUUGUGCAGCUGAUGGUAUUGUAUGAGGAUUAACUAGAUCAUGAAAAAAGGGAAACUUUGGUAUAGUUUAUUUUAUGGAGCAAAUGAUUAGCUGGAUUGAUCCUAAAGCCAUUUCCUUGUCUUGUAUAUAUCCUUGACUAUGACCUAUUGUUGUUUGUUACAACUACAUCUCUUUUAAUUGUUCUUUAAAACCUAUCCUUACCAUUGUCCCAAAUAGCUCUUUUCAUAUAGGGAACUAUCUACCCCUCUUAUUGGUCCAUAUAGACUUUCCCUAUUAGUCAGUAUAGCCCCUCCAUAUGACUCCUAUUGCUUUUUAGGAAACCAUUUUAUAGACCCAUAUAACCCUUCCUUUAACUCCAUAAUAACUUAUCCUAUAAUUCCUAAUGUCCCAUAUAUACUCUCCAUAUAACAUAUAUUGCUACAAAUAAUCCUCCCUAUUGUUCUAUAUUAAACCUCACUGACUAAAGAUCUUCCUAUUGCACAAUAACACUGUACUGCAGUAUUAGCCUCUACAGGAGUCCUGUUAAUAUCUCCUUAAAGCCAAAGUUCUAAAAGAACAUUUUAACUUGAGAGUGUUCUAGUUUAACUCAUGGAAUUAGGCUGUGAUUAAAUAAUUUUGACCGUCAUGCUGAUGCCGAGGUCACAGGUCACCGACACUGGGCAAGCACUUAACCUUUCCCACAAACGAUGAGGUCUUGGCAGGCCUAGUUAAAAUUAUGUUUUUUUUUUAAAGAAAAAUGUGCCUUUCUUUUAAAAAUUCUGUUGUUUUCUGUAACAACUGCAGUGUUUUCUGCUAUUUUGAAAAUAAUUUUUUAGAGCACUUUUUUAUAAAUGUAUAAAAAUAUGACAGUUUUUUUGGUUAUUUUUGUUACCUUUUGGCGUUUCCUGCGUUUAUUUUGUUGAAACUGUAAAUAUUUAAUGUUUUAUUCUGUGAUAGAACCAAUUCUUAACUUCCCCCAAACCCCUACGACCUGUGUAAAAUAAUUUGACUGACAAUUACAAAAUGAUUAUAAUUAUUACAGAGAA